UCUUCUAUAUUUUGUAAAAUUUUCGAGAUUUAACUCCGAAAAUAUUCCGCGCUGUUUAGUUUUGCGGUAAACGUAUUUAAAGAUUAUUAUUAACUUCUACAAAGAAGCGGACCAGAUUGGAUAAUUGUUUUCCGCACUUUUGAAUGAGCGCUCAAAAUGUUGAGAUAUACUGGCGAGACUGUAAAACACUGUGAAUGACAACACGGCUAUAAAUUAAUUGCUGAGGAUUAGAUUUCUGUUUAUGACUGUGUUAUUCAUCGCAUUCUCUGGAUAUGGUGCGUAUGUCGCUUUAGGCCAGCUUUUGUUUUAAAUUGGAUUCUUUGUCAAGUUUUCCGUACAAAUGGCACUAGUUAGAAAAGCAACAUUUAUUUUACCAGAUGAUGACAGACUAAGUAUUUCAAGUUCUCUGUCAUCAAGAUCAUUCACGAGUUCGUCCUACGCUAACGUACCGGCCAUUUCUAGACAAUUAUCACGCGCAUCAAUAACAGAAGGCAAACUUCCAGGAACCAGUCCGAGAGGAAAUAAUGCUGCAUUCGCCCGAAGAGCGUCCAUAGCAACUUCAGGUUUCAAGAACCAGCCUAGAUCAUUCAACACGGUUGGUAAAAAAGUCACGAGCAUUUUAAGAGCGAAAAUGGCGUUCAAGCCAAAAUCGAGAACAGUACAAGAAAUGCCAGUUGUUGUAGAAGAUAUUAAGGAAUUGCCCAAAAGUCCACGAUUUUCGUCUUAUUUGUCCCCAGAAGCACAGUUCGCCUUAAUGAAAGGUUAUGAAGAUGUCCUCCAUGAUGAAAUUGCCUUUUCACUUCCAGAAUAUCGGCCACAUCUGAAGAGAACCAGAACACCACAGAACACUAUUGAAAUUAAAAAAGGCGGGAAAACGACAGACACGGACGUGAACUUGAAGAACUGGGAUGAUCGCGAAGAAGCUGAUAACCCCAUUGCAAAUAAAAGUAGUAACAUUGUUGAAGAGGAAGACAUCUGGGACUUAAUAGGAGACACUCGAUCUGGAAGAAGGCCUAGCCUACCGACACAAUCGCCCUUAUUCCGGUCCAAAAAGGCACAGCGGUGCUCCUCAUCUAGUGCCGUCAUCUCACGUGAUCGACGUCUCGUGCUAACGUACCAUUUGGAAAGCGCUAUGGACAUAUUGGACACAGUACGUCAUCGGAGUGGCGCAACACCCAUUUCUCCCCGUGUUCAGAUGUGUAAACGUACAAUAACCCCUGUUAAAGACUAUAAUUCCUGGACCAACGUAUGGCAUCAAGAAUUUGACUGUAAACAACCGGAAUCAUUACACAAAUUCACAGACAUCAGACGGGCUCUAUUCAAGGCUUAAAGCGUGCAGAAAAUGGUAUUUAGCCCAACCCCGAAAGACAAUUCCAAUUUAUAAAAAAAAAACUAAUGGAGUAAAAAUUCGGAUGUAACUUUUAAUAGUUGUGUCGAUCAAUAU